AAGAGAAAGUGGAUGAUUGAUUCAUGAUCCAUUAAAUUUAGUGAAUUAGUAGUAAUUAUUUAAUAUUUUCUUUUUUUCCAAAAAGUGGGAAAAGAAAAAAAAGGAAGAAAAAGAAAAAAACAAAGAUGGGUUUAAUUGCAAAGUAAAAGAUAUGAAUUGGGGGCCAUAACAAAACUUGUGGCUGAGAACCUUAAUCAACCGCUGACGUGGCACCCCCACUUCUUUCUCCUCUUCUUUUAAUUAAAUCCGCAGAUCAAAAUCAAACUCCUCAAAUGUGCCAACAAAGCCUCAUUAUUCAACACUUUUACUAAACCCCCAAAAAUAAACAACAAAUCUCUUCCCUCCGGCCACCUGAAAACACACCUUCCGACAGCCGCCGGCGAGGUAACGAUCAUCUUUUGCUGUCUGGCCAAAUUCUUGUACUACGCUUUUCAAAGAAGAAAUGAUGCAAUUGAAGGACCCGGAAAUCAAGCUGUUUGGGAAAAAGAUUGCCUUUCCGGAAAACGGCAGGAUUCAGGUGGUUGCCUUCUCCGGGGAAGACUAUUCCGAUGACUCUGGUGGAGCUGGAGCUUUUUACUGUGGAGAAAACGUCAGUGGGUCUGAAUCUGAUCAUUCGAAAGUUAGCAGAGUUGAAGAAAGUGAAGCUGAAGAUGACAAAGAGAUUCAAAACCAGGAACUUGCUGAUAAGGAUUGUUCAACUAGGGAAGUAUCCAAAAUUAGGCCACAAGUAGAGGACCAACAUCCUGUUCCUGCAGAAUUUCCGAAUUCGAAAGCCUCAUCAGAUUCGGAUGAGAGCUCUAACACUACCACCAUGGAUGAAGAUUCUCCUAGAAAAGAAGGAUCUCUAAAGGCUGAAAAUGAUCAGAGUGAUUCAUCUAACCCACAGCAGAAAACUCUGAAGAAGCCGGAUAAGAUUCUCCCAUGCCCUCGGUGUGAUAGCAUGGACACCAAGUUCUGUUACUAUAACAACUAUAACAUUAAUCAACCUCGUCAUUUCUGCAAGAGCUGCCAGAGGUACUGGACUGCCGGCGGAACAAUGAGGAAUGUGCCGGUUGGAGCCGGUAGGCGCAAGAACAAGAAUUCGGCCUCACACUGUCGCCACAUUACCAUCUCCGAAGCCCUUCAAGCCGCAAGAAUCGAUGCCCCGAAUGGAUUCCAUCAUUUGAAUUUUAAACACAAUGGCACUGUCCUUUCUUUCGGUUCUGGUUCCCCGAUUUGUGAUUCCAUGAAUUCGCUUCAGCAUCUGUCAGAGAAGAAGGCACCGAUCGCAUCUCAGAAUGGAUUUCAUAGACAUGAUCCUAUUCCUAUCAGUUCAGUUUCUUGCAAAAGGGCUGAAAAUGGUGAUGACUGUUCCAGUGGUUCUUCAGUCACAACCUCAAAGUCAGCGGUUGAAGGAGCUAGAACUGGAUUGCAGGAACCAGUUAUGCAACAAAUUAAUGGGUAUGCAUCUCCAGUUCCAUGCAUUCCUGGAGUCCCUUGGCCAUUUCCUUGGAACUCUGCAGUUCCUUUGCCAGGAAUUUACCCCUCUGGAUAUCCUAUGCCAUUUUACCCUGCUCCGUUUUGGAACUGUGGUGUGCCUGCUGGUGCUUGGAGUAUUCCAUGGGUGCCUCCAUUAUCUCCUGCCGCAAUCCAGAAAAAUUCCGGCUCCGGGUCGAAUUCCCCAACCUUGGGAAAACACUCUAGGGAUGGUGAGUUGCUUAAACCAGACAAUCCUCAGGACAAAGAAUCUCCACUAGAGAAAAAUUCAGAAAGUUCUGUUUUGGUUCCCAAGAUCUUGAGGGUUGAUGAUCCUGAUGAGGCCGCGAAGAGCUCAAUAUGGACGACAUUAGGAAUUAACUACGACUCCAAUAGAAGGGAAGGGCUGUUUAAGGCACUGCAACCUAAGGGCAAGGGUGAUGAGAAAAAACACCUAGGUGCUACAUCACCAGUUUUGCAGGCUAACCCUGCUGCCUUAUCUAGGUCUAUCAACUUCCAAGAGAGUGCCUGAAUUGUGCUCUUUCCGUAUAUGAUCCAACAAUGCAUGAAACUACUCCUUCAGCUCCCCAGGGAUGGCGUUUUAUAACUCGCUUCCAUCUCGGAUGAGUUUUUUUGAAUCGUCCAUCCCCUGAUCCGUCAAGUGAACACGCCGAUGCUAACGCUUUUUGAGUAUCGCUUUGGCAUCAUGAGGGAACUGCCUUGGAGAGGACUAACAUCUGCAUCUUGUAACAUUAAAACCUGUUGCUGCUUUGUUAGCUUUACUGUGUGUUUUUGCUGUAAAUACUUUCAUCAGCACAUACUGACAGAUUUUGGCUUUUUGACAGUGAGAGGAUAUGGGAGCUAUAUCAGCUAUGUAGAUGUGAUUACAUAUGAAGCUUGUAUGAAUGUAACUAACUUCUGUAUGUAGUGUAACUAACUGCCUAGUUAGUGUGGAAAUUAGCCUUUUUUUCCACUAUUCUCCUUAAUGCUAUAAAUAAACAGAACUUUUUGAUGGACAAGUGUGUUACGGUCCUCAUGGCUAGGUAUAAAGUGAUAUUUGUUCAUGGUUCUCUUGAGUUAAGCUUUAAGUACAACUAUAACACUCCUCCUAUCUACAAAAUUAAUCAUAACUACAACAUUUUCUUUUGGUACAAGAACUAUCAGAAGUUCUGAGUGGACAAUAAAUUAUACUUAAACUAAUCUUUAUUCGAUGCGGGAUAGAAUUAAAGAUGAUCUUAAUAGUCUCUUAUAACCGCGAGGUAUCGAAAUGCAACUGUUCGACUCUAUUAGGACAUUAGUAUUUUGCUGUCCGACGUCUAAAAGGAUGAGAUAUGAAU